AUGUCUCUCAAGUCCGUAGCACCAGUAGAGUGUGCGUCUGCGGGAAUCACCAAGGGACACCAUGUCGCGAGUAAAGGCUUUAUUGCCUGGCUCCUAAUCCUCAUGGUGUUUGCGAUGUAUUUUCUUUGGGCGUUUCUACCUGAGCAUUUGCUUGACUGGACCCUGCUCAACUACUAUCCUGAUAAAUAUUGGGCCGUGGCGUUGCCGGCUAUUCUUGUCAUGUCAGUGGUGUACUACUUUUCCAUGUCCUUUCUUUUGGUGUUGUACCGGACUAAUCCCCUUACCGAUGGAUUCUCUGUUGCAGACGCGGAUGCGAAGGAGGAUUACCACAGCCUUGAGACCCUGUCCGAUGCGAAGGAGAGUGUUCCCCCACUCACCGAAAUCCCAGUGAGUGUGACGAGUCGACUACUGUUCCAGCCGUGGAACUGA